AUGUUCCCUCCCCAAUUCUACGUGAGUGUUUCGAAUGCCCUCAAGAGAUGCCUCUGCUGACUCUAUCACAGACGUCCACUGACACACUUCGAUUCUGUAAUUUGUGCGCGAUAUAGAUACUUGCGGAUUUGGCAUCUGCGCUCGCUCAGCCUGUAGAAGAACCACUGUCCACUAUCCGCCCAUUGAUCUUCAGCGAUCCAAAGAGCAGAGACGCCGAACAGAGUAGCUCAGCACACGGCGGCCCUGCUUCCUCUGCAACAGUAUCGAGCGUCAUAACGGAGAGCCGCAAAGCAUCGAUGUCACCCAUGGGACAGCUCACGGCGGUCGAGCCUCGAGCUGUGGUAGAGAGCGGAGCACCUGUGCCGAGCAAAGCAGGUGCAGCAGAAGAGCAAGGGCAGCAGUAUGCAUUUCCGCUGGUCUUGCCUGGAGACGUGGCAAGCUCUGCACCGCAGAGACUAGCAGCUGGUCUACCUGCUCGAGCGCCAGGCCGACGUCAAGGCCGAGAAGCGCCUCCACCGCCUUUGAACAGGGUCAUGGUCAGUCCGAGAGCAGGCAACCUGUCUGUCUGCGGCGUCAUCAGAAGAGGCAUGCCUGGCUUGCACGACUUCACUUUCGGAUGGCCGGGAUUGGAACCUGCCGUCAAAGAUGGCGCUGAGACUGCUGCUACCGCCCGUCUUUGA